CAGCCACCUUCGAUCCCAGCAUUUUCCAGAAUACUUACAUCAGUCAGUGCUCAUGAUGGCCAUCAUAUCUUCUGUAAAAUCCUUCUCUUUAAAGCUCAGUCGGAGACCUAGGAAUUCAACUAGACAGGAUCCAACCAACGGCUUAUCACCGCUCAAGCCUGUAGUGUUACCUAGAGUGAAUCCCGAUCAUCAAGCCGCUCUCUCAGAGCAAGGAUGGACAGCAGUUGGGCUAGAUAAAAAACCAACAGAUGCUCUACAUAGCAGCUAUCAAGAACUUUUCCGAGCAAGCCAGGAUUUCUUCGAUCUGCCAGAUGAGUACAAACAGACUUUUAAAACUCAGCAUGGAAGUGAAGAAGGUUGGAGUCGUGUGGAAGGAGAGAAAGAAUUCAUUACGCUUCGGACAAUCCAAAAUACCCCUGAUGUGCUGAAAGAAGCCGUUUCAAAAUACUGGGAAGAGGCUGGUGCCCUUCUGAAUGAGACUCUGGGAAGGGUAGCGGAGAGUUUGGAUUUACCGGCUGAGGCUUUGACAGUUUACUCUGAGCCCUGCGCGAAGCUUGGAGAACAAGAAACGGCAACAAUGCUGCGUCUUUUCAGGUACGAAGGAUUCGAAGGAAUGCAGAGUAAGGUCGUGGCAGAACCUCACGCGGAUCUUGGUCUUUUGAGCUUUGUCAUCGGUGAUAAACCUGGCCUAGAAGUCAUGGACAAGCGAGUAAAUUUCUGGUUUCCAAUUGAGCAGAGUUAUGAGUCGCCAAAAGGAAGCCUUCUUGUUGGUCGUCAGCUCGAGCGGUUGUCGAAUGCUCGAUACUGUGCUGGUGGUCAUCGAGUAAAGUCAUACCCGAAUUCUAUCCCAAACUCCAAAGCGUCUUCGGACCCCGGCAACAAUUGGAGGCAUUCGAUCGUCUUUGUUAUGCGAGCUCAUCUACCGGUACCAAUAAAUACUGACGACCUGACGACUGAGAUCACUGGACCGUUUUUGAAGCCUCUAAAGGGUGUCACAGCUCAAGAAUUCUUUGAUGAAAUCCAUUCGGCUCACUUCAAUAUCAACACCGGUUUGGAAGAGAGAGAACAUCAGAGAAUGAGAUUAGCUGAGCAGGAGAAAUAUUCUGCAACUGGGAAGUGAGUGAAGGCUGGUGUUGAAGGCAAUAAGAGUUGAAUGUCGGAUGAUAAGCCACAAUAAUCUAUUGUAGAUAGAUCCUUGUUUCUCGACCGAGAAUAUUGGCAUUGAUUCUAGAAGCUGCUGAAUGUGAGGUUGAUCGCUUGGGCUUUGAAGGCAGGGAGACAAUCUUUGUUGUUUGCUGAUGUGUAUUUCGCUGGAAAGGCUUUGUAAUGUUCGUAUAUUUGAGGGCAUUUGCAAGCUGUAUUAGCAAACAACCAUUGACGCUGUGUCAAGGCUAUUUGUGCCAUGAAAUCGAGACAAAAUCGACAAACA